GAUGUCAGAAUAUUUUCAAAGAUGGUGAUUUCGAAGACGGAAAUCACAAGAACUGGAUUUGCACAUCAGGAUGCACCAUGGUCUCCAUUACGGACGACAAAGUUAGUGGUAGUCGUGCUAUUAAAAUCACGGACAGAACACAUUCAAAUCAAGGUCCGAUGCAGGCUGUACAUUUAUCUCGGAAUUCUCGUUAUCAUCUGGUAUGGUCCAUUAAGCAGCUAAACAAAAACCCUUCGAAGCUCUUCCAAGAGUUUAGAAUAAGUGGAAACUUUGAGUUAAACCCAGGCCAUAUAGUUGAAACCAAUCUUGUUCGAGAUCAGAAAGUUCGACCUGAAAGAGGUUGGAUUAAAUUGGAAGGUUACAUAAUGACUCCAGAUAAAGAUUUUACCAACAGCAGUAUAUUUAUACAAAUGGCUGAUCCGGGAAUAGAGUUUCUAGUUGAUGCUGCAAUACUGACAGCUAUUCCGGAAGAUAAAAAUUGGAAGCAAAAGGCUGACGCACGAAUUGAGAAAUACAGAAAGAAUAAUAUCAAUGUUCGAGUGAAGGUCCCAUCACAGUCAAAUGUACAAGAUUAUCAAGUUGAGAUUAGGAUGACCAGACAUGCAUUUCCUUUCGGCUCUAAAGUAACAGAAGAGAUGAUAUUAAAACCAGAAUACUCCCAUUUCAGGGAGUUAUUUUAUUACAUGUUCAAUUAUGCUACUAUGGCUUCUUAUUUUUGGGCGUGGUCAUCUGGUCCCAAGGAAAGUCCUGAUUACUCAGCCGCUAAUACAGCUCUUGAUAUUUUAAAACAACAUGGUAUUCCUGCCAGGGGGCAUAAUAUAUUCUGGAACGAAUGGGUGUUUAAUCCAAAUUGGACUCGUUACAUGCCACCAACUGAUUCCAACAGAGAAGUUGAACACCGAAUCGAUUACAUUAUGAAAUAUACCAAAGGGAGGUUGACUGGUUGGGAUGUGAAUAAUGAGAUGCUACAUGGACAUUUUUUUGAAAAUAAAAUGAACGAUCCUUACUAUAGUCAUAAGAUGUACAAUCUAGUUCACCAAGCAGAUCCUACACCUAAACUUUUUCUUAAUGAUUAUCAAAUUGUUGUGAAUGGCACCAGCACGUCGGCAUAUGUAGAUCAAGCCAGAGAAUUUAAGGCCGCCAACAUACCAAUUUAUGGAUUAGGAAUACAGAGUCACUUUACAUUUUAUGAACCACCAGAUCCAACAAUUAUUAUGAAACGCCUAGAUCAGAUGGCAACUACUGGAUACCCUUUAUGGAUAACAGAAUUAGAUGUUACAGCUCGUGAUGAAAACGUCAGAAAAGACUGGUAUGAUAGAGUACUCAGAAUAUAUUUCAGCCAUCCAUCUAUAGAAGGAAUUAUUUUUUGGGGUUUCUGGGGACCAAAGCACUGGAUUGGCGAAGAUGCCGCCCUGGUCAGUGGAAAUGACUACAGGAUAAAUGCAGCCGGGCAACAUUACAUAGAUCUACUGCACAAGGAAUGGACUACACAAGUCUCAAGAAAAAUAUCUUCAGUUGAUGAACAUUUUUCUGUUCGUGGUUUCCAUGGAGAUUACCAAGCGGUUGUCAAAUAUAAGGGAUCUGCUGUUCAUUACCAGAAGUUUUCCCUUUCAAAGAAUGAUAUCAAUUUAGAUGUAGUAGUUAAUGAUAUACAUACCCAUGUCAUCGUACCCACAACAGCAUCCCCCCUGAUUUAUCAUAAACCGACCUCGACCUCCAACAAUCACAAAGUGGUUAAUUAUGGACAAUAUUUUAAAAGUAUGGCCAAUUCUGGAUAUUCAGCUUCCAUGCAUUGCAUUAAUCAAUGGUCACAGUUCUCACAAGUUGGUGAUGACAUGUUUGUAGACGCCUACUGUCCACAAGGUUACGUAAUGUCCGGAUGUUCUGCCAUGACGAAGGAUUUAAGUGCGGGUGGAGAUGGAACGUCUAUAGAAACAGAUCAUGGAAUAGCGUGUAGAGCCUGGGACGGUGGUAAUACAGGUACACCUGUUCACGCAAUUGCUAGAUGCUGUAAAGCAAGUGGUUUACACUGUGAAUACAGAGCUUCAUCAAAACCGUCAGCGCCAGAAUAUGAUAUCGUAGUAGAGACUACUUGUCCCGAUAAUAUGUAUGCAACAGGUUGUGCUGCACAUAAUUAUUUAAGGAUUAUGGAUGGCCUUUAUUCAACAACGCAUUCAUGCAUGGCCCAAAACAAGGGGAAUUUCGGGGGCAUUAACAGCUUUGCAAUAUGCUGUAAAGCUCCGACGUUGACAUGUCAGGUUAAAAAGUCGACAUUUGUUAGUGGACAUAAAAUUGGUGACGCAUCAGUGGUAAGCUGUGACACUGGUUGGUCAAUGACUGGUUGUCAUGGUGUUUCGGAAGAUGGCGACGUUUCAGGCUCUUUUAUACAAGACGGGAAAUGUAUGACAUUUAAUGGAGCCGUGAAAUCCCCCAGUCAGACAGGUGUGGUAGCUUACGUAACGUGCUGCAAAAUUUAAAGUUUGACGCAGUAUUUCAUUAACCUCCAAUGGCAAUUUUUAAAUUAUGAUUAAUAUUGUGUAGAUUAUCAUAGUGAAUAAAUUGCUGAAUGUGAAA